AUGAUUGCAAAUCUGGAGAUCGAUGCCCAUUCCAGUGAUCCCGCAAUUGUUUUACGUUAUGAUCUCGUAAAUCCGGAUACUACGAUUCGCAAAAAUAAAAUGUAUGUGGGAAAAUGGAGUUUGUAGAAUUGUGUUUAGUAUCCAACUAAAGAAUUUGAAUGAGGAAUUGAAUUGCUCUUCUUUGGCCGAUAGGGUUGUUGUACAAUGUCCACUGAUUCCAAAGGAACGGCUGUCUGAUGUUGAGCAGACAAUCUUCUACCUGCAAAAACGAUUAAAUGGAAUAAAUGGUAGGGUGCAAUGUUUUUUCAUCUGUUUAUUCAGCCGUCUUCGGGUCCAAUGGGGAUGCGACAAUUGCCAAAGCAGAGCUUUCUAAACUGGACAGCUACAUUGACUUGCUGUAUGAGGAUGCAGAUAAGCUGAAAGCAUCCGGCUUUAUAUUGUCUUUAUGCUCAAAGACGUCAAAUUUAAAGACCUUGUCAGAGAAUGGUAAGGACUGCGAUUUUUGUCGAGGAUACUGUGACCUUUUGACGUUAUAUCAACAUCUUACUUUUAUUUUCAGAGGUUUUAAUGGGAGCUUUGUCAAGAGUAUUCAGAGAAGAUUCUCAGCUGAAUUAUGAAUUGGCAACAAAUUUGGCCAAAAUUUUCAAUCAACUCAGUAGGUUUUCAAAAUUCCAUGGCGUCUUAUCCAAAUAUAAGGUGAGAUUGAAAUCCAUGGUCAUGAAAUUACUUUAGAUUGGGGCGCUGUCGCUUCAAAUUCUACGAAACGAGCUACAACGACGACAGCAAUGGAAGGAACAGGCCAGCAAAGUGGCUGCGACUGAGCAAAAAAAGUUUGAUUUGGCAUUGAAAAAGCAAAACGUUUUUCUAACCGAUUGUCUCAAGGUAUGGAUCUGCUUUUUUUAUAUUUGGCUUUAAGGUCUUGUUAAAUCUCUCUAACGAUGUCAAGGUUGAGGCCAAGAUGGUAAAGAGAGGAGUGAUCCCCUUGCUGAUCAAAUGUGUGGACGCCGAUCUUUACUUGGCCAAAGCUUCUUUGGCUUUCUUAUGGAAAUUGUCCGUCUUUAACGAGAACAAACAAGCAAUGGGACAGCUGGGACUGGUCGACGAAGCUGUGAAGAUUGUAAAUACGAACUCUGAUUGUGAACUUGUUAACGUCACCUUUUCAUUACUUUUUAACCUCUCAUUUGAUACAAAUAUGAGGCAGAAAAUGGUAGAGUUGGGCUUGGUAAAUACUGUAGCGAAGCACAUAACCGGUAAUUUCGGUAUGAAAUUUAAUACCUAAUAUCUUUUUUAGGUUCAGAAGCGGCUAUCGGAUUACUGUAUCAACUAAGUAUUGUAGAUGAUGCGAAGGCAAUGUUCACGUUUACUGACUCCAUCGCUGCUGUGAGUAGUGUUAAAUUGAUUGUUUAUGUAUUGGUUUAGCUGAUGGAAAUGAUUGGAAACAAACCUGAGAGCUCACUAAUUCCUAAAUCAAUACUUGUGAAUAUUGCCCUAGAGAAAAGAAAUGCUCAGAUUAUAGUUGGCCCUGAGGGCGAAGGUUUGAAAAAGUUGAUUAAGAUUAUUGACGCUACCCACGAUAGCGUUCUUAUCAAAGUUAUACGAAAUAUUUCUCAACAUGAGGGAAUCAUACAAAGUUAUCUCACAGUAAGUAAAAAGUUGGAUAACCACUUACAACUAAUGGGAUUUUCUGACCUACUGCUUUAGAACUAUAUAUGCAAUUUUUUCGCCGCUGCUGAAUCCCCGAAACUGAAUCAGAAUUUGAGUUUCGCAACCGAUUGUCUCGCCAUCUUGACUCAAAUUGUGGUUCCUGUCGAGUGGAAUAGGGAGUUAUCGAUUGAUGGAAUUAGGAAGUGGCUGAAUACUGUGCUUUGUGACAAACAACAGAAGGUCUAUUAUCCAGAUGAGUACCUGAUUCAUGUCAUUGGCUUUGCUGGUACCUUGGCCACUGACCCCGAAUUGGCAAAACUGUUGGUGGAUUACAGUUAUGACUUCUUGGAAAUACUAAAAAGUAAGUUGAAAACACUAUAGUUAAAUUUCAAUCCAGAGAAACAAGAAGAGGAUGAAUUUUGUUUACAAAUUGCUUUCCUUUUCCUCCGACUUUUGACAUAUACGGAAGUUAGGAAUAGGAUGUGCUCGGAGAAGGAGAAAUUAAUCGAAUACAUAAUUAAUAUGUCCCGAGAUAAGAAUACAACAUUAAGGGACCUCUGUGAUCAAUCACUCCAAAUUAUAUCGGUAAGAAUUUAUCGAGAUCUCACUUUUGUCACGCUGAUUAAGUAUUUUUUUUAAAUAUACGAUUUCUUGCAGGAAGUUAGCGACUAUUGGUUUAAACGCGUCAGCGAGGAACGAUUCUGUUGGCAUAAUGCCACAUGGCUGGACAUGAUCGCCCACCGAAGCGCAGUAGAUGAACCAGUGGACUACGAGGAUGAAGAAGAUCUCUUGGAACAACAGUUCAGAAAUACGGUGCUGGAUGCCGAAGAAAUACUAGAGUAA